UUUCACCGGAAGUGAGGUUGCCAGAGUUGAUGACGUCAGGCCGGUGGGUUCCAUUUCCGGCACUUCCAAUUUUGUGGCGAAAGCAGCAUGGCGGACUGGCAGGAUCUUGUGCUGUGCUAUAACAAGGGCUGUGGCCAAAAAUUCGACCCUAGGAAGAACAACGAUUCUGCCUGCACGUAUCAUGCUGGUGAACCCAUCUUCCACGAUGCCCAGAAGAGCUGGUCCUGUUGUAAGAAGAAGUCUACAGACUUCACCGUGUUCCUCAACUUCCCUGGCUGCACAACCGGACGUCACACUAACACCAAACCUGUAGAACCUGCCAAACAAAACUCAAAUUCAAGAGACAGAAAUGAAGUUAGAGAAGUCAGGGCACCCUUACCUAAGGAAAUGAUGGAGAGGCCCAGUCCAACUGAGCCUCUACAAAGGUUAAAAACCACAGUAGGUGCUUCCCUGAAACAGGCCUUGGCUAAGCAGAAACCGUCAGAAGAAGAAUCUGCAGAAAAUGCAGUGGCUGGUGGGGUGUCCCUCGGAACGACAUGCAAGAACAACGCGUGUAAGAAGACGUUUGAGGAUGAGAAUAGUAAUGAGGAAGACUGCUGGUACCAUCCAGGCACGCCUACCUUCCAUGAAGGUUACAAGUUCUGGUCCUGUUGCACCAAGAGGACCACUGAUUUUAAUGAGUUCCUGAGUCAGGCAGGAUGCAGUAAAGGCAAGCAUGUCUGGAUCAAGGAGGAGGAGGGUGACACAAAAAAAGUGGCCUGUCGUUUUGACUGGCAUCAGACAGGAGCUCUGGUUGUUAUCUCUAUCUACGCCAAGGUCUGUGACCCAGAGAAAACAUUUGUGGAGGCCAACAAAGUCAGGGUAAAGAUGAAUGUUGUGUUUGACCAGGGCAACAGUCAGUUCCAACAAGAUGUCAUACUUAGAGGGAUGAUUGAUGUAGAAAAGAGUACUGUGAAUUUACUGGGGACAAAAGUGGAGGUGAAGAUGAGGAAAUUAGAACCUGGAAGCUGGGCAAGUCUAGACAUGCCGGGACAAGUUGACCUGGAUCAAGGGGAGCAUUAUUGGUAUGAUUACCCCCAACAACAGGAGGCAGAGCAGGGAAUGGCAGACCUCAAUGUCCAGGCAGUGGAACACAAAGAUGAAGAGAGAGCUGAUGGGAAAAAGACCUUUGUUGUGAAGAAUCAGAAUGCAGAUCCUGAAGCAUCAACAAAAGCAAAAGCAGACAAGAAACCAGAAGCGGCCACAAAGGCUGAGGAGAAGAAACCAAUGACCAAUGGGACGAGGUCUAAGAAUGUCCGAGAAGUGGAGAGCAUUGAUGACCUGGAGGCAGAUAUGCCCAAGAUGUCGGAUCUGACCAAAAAUUUCUUCCCGGGUCACAUGACGUCAGAAGAUGAUCUUGAAGAGCUUCGGGAAAUCCUUUCGCCUGAGGAGUAUGAGGAGGCGAAGGCUGCUGCCCGUGAACAGCUGCAGCUGAUGAAGCACAUGGAGAAACAGAAGGCCCUCAAAAAACACAACCAGAGCGCCUGGGAGAAAAUGCAGAUGGCAGAGAGGGAACAAGAAGAAGAGGAAGACGGAGAGAAGGAGGACAUCACCCCAGAAAUCGAGGGGAUGAGACAGAGUAUUCGGUCUCAUCAGAGGGAUAUGCGAUCUGCAGACUCUGGCAGCAAGAAAAAGGACAAGAAAAGCUAAACUGUUUUUUGUUAUAUUUGUCACAAAUGUUUUCAAUCCCUGGCUCCACAUUUGGUGAAAGUGCAUCUGAAAACACACCAGACUUAAUGAUUUUGCUGACUAGAAUCUUGGCUUUAGAGGGAAUAUGCCUUUACCUGUUUUUCUCUCAUUAUGAAAGAAAUUUGCAUAUUUAGAAUCCUUUGCUUUCCAACGUACAGAGAAGUGCCUUUGUAAUGCCAAGAAUAUGGAUAUCCAUUUAUUGAUUUGUAUUGUACUUAUUCUUGAUAAACUGUUUUCUAAGGCCUACAUACCCACAUAAUCACAUCUUUGGUGAUGAUUGUGAUGAUGAUUUUUACACGAAAGAAAAUGAAUACAAAGGAAUGCUGUGAUUUUUGUUUAAUAUCAGUUUUGUUGCAGCUUUAGGAAGAGAAGAAGCAAUCUACAAAAGGAAAACAAUUUCUUAGACUAGCAAGUCAUCUGUAGUUUGCAAUGUUCAAAGUAGAUAAUGUGAUUGGUAGAUCAAGUGUACAUGUAGAUUUGUGUGAGUGUAUCAUGUAUCUUUUAAUCCAAAUUAAAUCAUGCAUACUGGUGUAAUGUGAACAACAAUAAUUAUUUCAAGAUAAUUUGUUCUUAUGUUGUAUUGAAAAUUGGUUCAUACAGCAUACUGUGUGAUAAUCAUGGAAAACGAUCUCUACAUUUUGGAUGUUUCCAUAUAAAUCAAAAAGUGAUAUGAUGUCUUCCAGCAUUAUGAUUUGUGGUGACCAUUAAUGAAACAGCUGUAUGGGGCCCAAACAUUGCAUCUGCUUGAAGGUACAGCAACAGUAGUCUCUUAAGUAAAGAUUAGUCUCCAAAUCUGUGUUAAUAAAGACACUAGAUACAACAUGAUGCAGUGUAAAUUUUCAAAUUAUUGUAGCACGAUCUUCAUAGUGAUAAAUGACAUUUUCUUCAAUUUAAGUCCAAAAGGAAAAACUAUGGUAAUGUAGCAUAGUACAGUGAAAGGAAUUUGUAUUACAAACAGUGUACAUGCUUCUGAAUUCUUUCAGCAAACAAGUUUGUAUUCCAUUUAUAUUAGCAGCAUUGGAUUUCCUUAUUUCAUCACUUCAAUGUCAAGGAAAUAUAUAAAAACCUGAUCUGCUCGGAAGGCAAAAACAGUAUGAUUUAAACUCCAUAUCAAACUCUCACUGGCAUUUCUUAAAAUCCCCUUUGCCAUCAACUUGUCCAUGAAUUUAUUUGAAAAGGUUGUUAUGGAACAGCCUUUUUGUGCAUUUGGAGGGAGAGGCUAGGGAGUGGAACAUGCCAAUUGUUGCCUUUCUAAUUCCUCUAUCUUGUCCUCAAAGUCUAACACCAGCUCUCAUAAUUAUGUCAGGUAACUUAAGUAACCUAAGCAUGACUGUCACAUUAAAAAUUGUGUUAUG